GUGGGCUUACACUCCAGCACAAAGAGGAAGCCCCCACCUUUAAAUAGGUCCGCUUCCACACCGCGCACAGACGGCGCCUCCGAAGGCUUCAUGACAAUGACCUGCAUCCACAUCCUCGCCGGUGUCCUCAUCCUCAGCGCUUUGGCGGAAUCAGCCGUCGUGGACCGCUGGGAGUACCGCGAGUUCAACGAGACUGGCGAGGACCUUCAGGAGCUGGAGGCUCUGCUGAAGGAGGAGCUUCCUGGGCUUUGCUGGGCUUGCAAAUGGAUCGUAGAGAAAGCGAAGAGCCUCAUACGGGACAAUAGAACACAGGCUCAUGUGAAAAAUGUGCUGAGACGAGUGUGUGACCAAAUCGGGUUUUUAAAGAGCAUGUGCAAAAGUUUCCUUGGCAAAGUGGUUGAUAUACUGGUGGAGGAGCUGUCGACUUCGGAUAGCAACCAACAGAUCUGCUUUAACCUCAAAGCCUGCAAGUAACCUGCGGAAGCCUUCCUGAGGCGCUUUUUAAGGCAAGACACCGCUGCCAUCAUCUAUGCAAAAUGUAAUGCAAAAUGGAAAAAAAUAAAAGCAGCAUUUUAAAAGAGAAA